UGUCAAACAGUGUAUACAUGGUUGUAUUGUCAGCUGCGAACAUAACAUUGCAGUCUGUCAGUUGAAGGUGUUCAGAAGGGUAUGCCACUGUCUGACACGUGGAGGUAUGGUAACUGAGCAUUAUCCUAGAGGAUCGGAGUCUCUGUUUACUGAGGACGAGUGAACAAGAACAGCGACAAGGUCAACCGUAGAACAACACGUGCGCUAUAUGAAAGAAUUUCCAGACAAAGUAGAAGUGAAAGGCGCAAGGACUGUGGCAAGUAUCGACACACUUAAACUAAUCAUUUGCCAACAUGUGGAGCAUUUAAUUGAUUCCUCAUUUUCUUGAACAAUCAAUCAUUUGUGCAAUUAACUAUGUAGCGCUGACUACAGUUAUAUACGGUGGGAGGUUCUUGUAGCCUAGAUGGCAUAUUUGGAUCGGUUUCUCAGACCAUCGAAAUCUUUUCAGACUUGGGAAAGGUUGGAAGAACAGUGCUGCGCUCUGAUGUUAAUGAACACGUAACAGAAGCUUAUCGUUGUACAUCAUCGCACAUAAGUUCUAGACUCAAAACACGUUGAAGCGCCUGUAUGUUCAAUGCGGAUGUUCAAUAAGCAUGUAAUCUAUGACUCAUCCAACCUUUGUUGAUCAGCGAUGGAUACAGUGAACAUAAACGUAUCGGGGAAAAAAUUCACAAUCCGAAAAAGCGUUUUGCUACGGUUUCCACAGACAAAGCUUGGACGUUUGACCGAGAAAUGGCCGGAAUACAACCCCGAAGAAAACGAGUACUUUUUCGACAGAAACCCAAAAGUGAUGCUGUCAAUUUUCGACCUCUACCGCACAGGGGAACUGCAUCUUCCUAAAAAUGUUUGCAGUUUUACUGUGAAAACUGAACUGGAUUUUUGGCAGAUUGACGAAUCGUUGAUAUCGGAGUGCUGCUGGAAGAUGUAUACAACGACACUUAAAGCCAAGGCUGUGAUUGACGUGAUAGAGAAGUCCCUGAACGAACACCCCUUCGUCAACAGAGAGGAACUGUCGACGAGGCAGCACCUUUGGAUGACAAUGGAGUUUCCACAACAUUCCAUAGUUUCCAAGAUAUGGUUUACGAUCUACAUGCUCUUCGUGUCAAUGGUCGUGAUCAUCGCCUGUCUGUACACCAUACCACAGCUUCGGGAGCCUUUGAGGAAAGAGGAUUCCCAUCUUGCAUCCGGAUCCAUCCUAGACAUGCUGCUGAAGUCCGAGAUGAAAGGCACCAUCUACAGGCUGGAUCUUGCCUGCCUCGUUUUCUUUACUGUGGAACUGCUUACCAAGUUUACCAUCUGUCCCGAAAAGAAACGAUUUUUUAGUUUUGGUCUAAAUAAUCUGGAUGUGACAUUGACAUUAAUUAUGUGGACUGCGGUCGUUUUGGAUCACAUUCCUAUAGUUGAGCACGUACAUAUUGCCCAUACUGUUUUACGGGCCAUGUUCUGUCUUAACGUUUUGCGUAUAUUCCACCUAGGAAAGUCGUCGAAUGUUAUGAAAUUGUUGAUAUUCACACUGAAGGCGAGCUUAAGUGCGUUUGGUCUGCUUUUGGUGACAUUAACGAUGGCCGUGAUUAUAUAUGCCACUCUUGCUUACUUUGCAGAGGUCGCUACCAAAGCAGACACAUUCAGCAACAUUCCAAUUGCAAUAUGGUGGACUGUCGUUACCAUGACGACGGUUGGUUAUGGAGACAUUUGCCCACAAUCCUGGGCCGGAUAUGUGGUGGGAGUUAUCUGCUCUUUGUCCGGAAUUUUACUUAUUGCAAUGCCCAUUGCCAUCAUCGCGUCCAAUUUUGAUGCUUUCUAUUCCAACAUGCCAGCUGCCGAACAGCGAAUUCGAAGAAAACGUCUCAAGGAGAGCGAGGAUGAAAGGUUGAAAUUAAGUUACAAUAGUGGCGCGGGUCCCCAAACAUUACCGCUGAAAACAGACCAGUAUUAUCAACCGACUUAUGUUCCAACUGAUGAUGAAUUAUAAAUCUUGGUAUCUCUUCUGGUAAUUCUUCUGCAGUUAGAGGCGCGGGGGCGGAGUAAUUAGAGCCUGGGACCUUCUUUUUUUUUUAUCUCACUUGCAUCUUCAGGAAUAAUUGGAAUAUUAUGGACCAUUUAGUUAAUUUAGAAACCUGUGAAGAUCCGGGGUAGAAUAGGUCUUCAGCAACCCAUGCUUGUCGUAAAAGGCGACUAUGCUUGUCGUAAGAGGCGACUCACGGGGUCGGGUGGUCAGGCUCGCUGACUUGUUUGAU